AUGAAGGCGGAGGUGGAUAAGCUGAGCACUAUUGGAUUCAUCAAGGAGGUGGAUUAUCCCACCUGGCUAGCCAAUGUGGUAAUGGUACGUAAACCAAGGAAGGGCUGGCGCAUGUGCGUCGACUACACAAAUCUCAAUCGGGCCUGCCCAAAGGAUAGUUUCCCCCUACCCCGCAUUGACCAGCUAGUUGACGCCACAGCUGGUCACGCCCUCCUCAGCUUCAUGGAUGCUUACUCAGGGUACAACCAGAUCUUUAUGCACCUUGAGGACCAAGCUCAUACAUCCAUCAUCACUGACCGUGGCCUUUACUGCUACAAAGUCAUGCCCUUCGGCCUCAAGAACGUCGGGACUACGUAUCAGUGUCUGGUGAACAGCAUCUUCGCUCCACUGAUUGGUAACACCAUGGAGGUUUAUGUUGAUGACAUGCUCGUCAAGAGUCGCACGGCUGACCAGCACAUCCCCAACCUCUCUGCCAUGUUCGCAAUUUUGAAGCAGUAUUGGAUAUGGCUCAACCCCACCAAGUGUGCAUUUGGGGUGGCCUCCGGCAAAUUCCUUGGCUUCAUGAUCAGCCAAAGAGGUAUUGAGGCCAACCCAGAGAAGAUCCAGGCUAUCUUGGACAUGACAAUACCCAAGACGGUCAAGGACAUUCAGAGCCUUACCGGGCGUGUCCCAGCCCUGACCAGAUUUAUCUCUAAGGCCACUGAUCGUUGCACCCCAUUCUUCAAGGCACUUAAGGGUAGCAAACGCAACAUUACCUGGACUGCUGAAUGUGACCAGGCCUUUCUGCGAGCUCAAGGCAUACAUGAGCCGAGCCCCUUUAUUGUCAACCCCUGA